UUGAUAGAAAGCCUAAAUAGUCAAUAACCCCGGACUCAGCGAGGUCGUCGGACGCUCCGAGGAGAAACUUUGAUGCGCUGCGGUCCCAGGCUGGGAGCAGCAAGUUGCAUCAGGACUUUGAGCGCCGGAGAUGCUCUGAGAAGAGCUGGGAGUGAAUACCACGAACACUUCGCCGCCGCCAGGAAGCUCGCAUUUGACAGAUAUGGAUCAGAGGGCAGUGUGUUCCGGAUGCCAGCGGCUGAUCAGGGACAGAUUCCUGCUCAGAGUCACCGACGGCCUCUGGCACGAGGGGUGUGUGCGGUGCGUGGCGUGCGGGGACGCGCUCAAGACCUCCUGCUUUCUGCGGGACCGCAAACUUUACUGCAAGCGGGACUAUGCUGAUCUGUUUGCAGUGCAUUGUGGGGGUUGUGCAGAGGCCAUCUCUCCUGCAGAGCUGGUGAUGCGUGCAGGUGCCACUGUGUUCCACCUGCGCUGCUUCACCUGCAGCGUUUGUUCCUGCCGCCUGCAGACUGGAGACCGCUGCGUCCUCAGGGAGGGACGGCUACUCUGUGCCAGAGAUGACUACCACCGGUGUCUGGCCAGCCCAACCUCCUCUGACACAGGUAAAAGUGAUGAUGAUGAAGUAGAGGAGGAGGAGGAAUCUGGAAGAGCUACGGGCAGACGAAGUAGAUCAGACGACCUAGAAAGCAAACGUCCCAAAAGACCUCGCACUAUUUUGACCACUCAACAAAGACGGACCUUUAAAGCCUCCUUUGAGGUCUCAUCUAAGCCUUGCCGAAAGGUAAGGGAGACCUUGGCAACAGAGACUGGCCUGAGUGUCCGGGUUGUGCAGGUCUGGUUCCAGAACCAAAGAGCCAAAAUGAAAAAACUGGCCAGGAGACAGCAGCAGCAACAGGAGCAGCAGCAGACUCAGGAGCAGUGUGAGCCCCCGUCACUUCAUACAGCGCCCCCCCGUGGUGGUUUGACCUCUGAGAUGGAGCGCCUGGGGUCCUCCUAUUCCCACAUUCAGCAGCAGCAGCAGCAGCAGCAGCAGAUGGGGCUCACCACACUGGAGCAGCAGGACUAUGACAUGGACCCCUUCAGACAGGGCCUGACCCCCCCUCAGAUGCCUGGGGAUCACAUGCACCCCUAUGGCUUUAAGGGCCUGUACGGUGACCUGGACAGAGACCCACUUUGUCAUGUGGCUGACAGCGACUGCCUCUCCCUGGGUGACUCACCUCUACUUACUCCUAUUGACCGUCUCUACUCUAUGCAGGACUCUUACUUCACCUCCUGAAUGUGAAGAUAGGACUCAGUAAGGAAUGGUCCGUCUUCCUCACUCUAUGUUGCUCUGUGGUUUCAUCAUUUAUCGCUCUGGACAAUGCACAUGGUAGUUGAGGAAGUGGGUGUAAAAAUACUGCCAAGGGGACGAGGGCACACUGUGAUACCAUGCAAUAUACUGUAUAUAUCAGUGGUUAUCGGGCUAUUAGAGGGUGGGUAUACCAUGUGCACCUCCAUAUAAACAUAAUUACUCUACUGCCUCCUUUGCUUUGCAAUCCCACUGUACAACACAGCCUCUUUAAAGUCUCCUGUGUAUGCAUGGUACUGUCAGACCUAUCUCUCUGUAUGUGUGAAUGUUAGAUUAUGAGAUUAUAACUGCAUCUACUAAUGUAAAUAGCUGUGUAUUUGUAUUUAUUCUCACAAUGUGUGUAUGCUGUUCAUCUUGGAUGAAUCAACAAUGAUCAAUAAAUAAUGUUACAAUACAGUGAA